GGUGUAGUGUUCAUCUGUCGACGGUGUGCUCUCGACGUCCGGACCACACUUGUGAUUUUCGGGUGUUGCGGACCGUGUGCGUCAAGACAAAUGCGACUUACCCCGUACCGGUCGGACUGUUAUUUUGGCGGCUGAUCGUUUUUUGACGUCGUCUCGGCGGACCUCGUGUGAUUUUUUAACGAAACCGUUUACAAUCCAAGCGAUGACUUGACUGCGUGCCGGCGUUAAAACAGUCCUUUUACACCAAUCCCGUCACCGGCUCACGAGUCAAAAAAAACAUUUCACGUUUAAUUGACACGGUUUUAAUUUAGUUUUUGGUGUCGCGUCGAAAAAGUGUGACAUGUUUGUGACAGUUUUGGUUUUCGGUUGCCUGUUGGCCACCGCAGCGGCUUCGGUAGACAGUGGAAGCGGUGCUAGUAAGGAUAAAACAGCAGGAGGAUCGAUCGUAUACGACGAUAAAGUUAUAUCAACAGAUGUGGAAGCAGUUGCAGGAACAGUCGCCUAUUUGCCAUGCAACAUGACUCCACCCACACACAACGACAGAGCUACGUUAGUAAUUUGGUACAAACAAGGACUUCAAGGACCAAUUUAUACGUACGAUGGUCGGAAAAGCAGUGCUAACGUUCCUGCGAUAGAUCAUUUUGAUCCCAAGAAUCCAAACGGUGCGCAUUGGGCUGAUGAUACGGUUAUGAAUGGCAGAGCUUUCUUUCGUGUUUCUCAACAGCCGGCAAACUUGGCUAUUCAAAACAUCAGUGAAAAAGAUGGCUCAGUUUAUAAGUGUCGUGUAGACUUUAAAAAAUCACCCACUAGAAAUUACAAAGUCAACUUAACCAUUAUACUUCCACCUGACCGCUUGAGUGUCUUGAAUGAAAAAGGCGACCACAUUCCGCACUAUAUACUGGGACCCUAUAAAGAAGGAGUGACUGUUGACAUCACGUGCAUCGCUAAUGGAGGACGUCCUCCACCCCGUGUCACUUGGUGGCAAGAAAAUGCUUUGUUAGACGAAUCCUUCGAAGUACUGCCCGGCAGGAAGGUACGAAAUGUGUUGCGACUUGAACGAUUGGAACGUCACCAUUUAAACACUGUCUUUACAUGCCAAGCAUCCAAUAACCAUAUGGUUCCGCCCAUAUCCAGUUCUGUAACACUUGACAUGAUCCUUCGUCCACUAUCAGUUAAAAUGGUUGGAGAAAACCGUCCGAUAUCUGCUGAAAUUCCUGUUAAUGUCAGCUGUCGUAUAGUAGGAUCAAAGCCACCACCAUUAGUGACUUGGUGGAAAGAUUCAGUUCAACUUUCGGAUGCAAAACAAUUGACAAGUCCGGAUGGUAAUGUGACAACUAGUGUAUUGACGUUUACACCGAAAAUUCAAGAUUCUGAUAAGUUGUUAAGUUGUCGAGCUGAAAAUACAGUACCUGAUACAAAUACAAACAAGCACAUCAAGACUGAUCAAAAUCAUCAGAUAUCAUCAGCAAAUGUGGUUUCAUCAAAUGAGUGGAAACUUAGCAUUUUUCAUGUUCCUGUUGUCACCUUGGAAUUAGGUAAAAAUAUCAAUGGUAGUGCAAUAAAAGAAGGUAUGGACGUCUAUUUUGAAUGUAACAUUAAAGCUAAUCCAUGGGUGUAUAGAGUGACUUGGAGACACAAUGGUAAGCCUUUGAACAACAAUCCAAGCGUAGACACAUUUGUAAGCAAUCAAAGUUUGGUAUUGCAAGGAGUUACUCGGGAUCGAGCUGGUAUUUAUACUUGUGUUGGAAGUAAUCAGGAAGGGGAUGGUGUUAGCAACCCGGUUAAUUUGGAUGUAAAAUUUGCUCCAGUUUGUCGACCUGGACAAGAGACCGUUCAAGGAGUAGGCAGACGAGAAGCUGCUAAAGUAGUUUGUGAAGUCGAAGCCAAUCCUUCAGAUCACGUACAAUAUACAUGGCGAUUUAACAAUUCGAGAGAGACUGUUCGACUAGCACGAGAUCGGUACACUGAGGAUGGGCCUCGCAGCACAGCAGCGUAUACUCCACAAACGCCCCUCGAUUACGGAACUUUGAUGUGCUGGGCCAGUAACGAGUACGGCAAACAAGUUACUCCUUGUGUUUACCAAGUCAUUGCAGCUGGUCGGCCGGAUAGCGUGGAAAAUUGUGUAGUAAUGAACCAGACAGCUACUACUCUGUCUGUGCAAUGUCAACCUGGUUUUGAUGGUGGUCUAUCCCAACGGUUCGUCAUGGAAGUAUACGACCGACAUGCUCAGACCUUAGCAGGAAAUGUCACUUCUGAUGUUCCGGUGUUUACCGUAGGUGGCCUCAAAUCAGGAAUAGGGUUCGAUGUCAGCCUGUACGCAUAUAAUGCCCGAGGAUCGUCUGACCCCAUUCAACUGCAAUCGUUUACAUUGAAAUCAGCUGAAAAACGCACUGCUGUGACACCUGCUGCCAGAAUAACUCCUUUAAUAGGAAUUAUUAUUGCUGGCGGAAUAUUGUCCAUUUUGGCACUGGCUUGUGUAAUUGGCAUGGCAAUAGCUUGUCAACGAAAACGUUGCCAAAGACGUCGUCGAGACCAUGAAAGAUCCACUGAUGAAUCCAAAACUGCAAUUGGAAGCGUAAGCGAUCAUCGAUCAGACACCUCUGACGACGGUUUAGAUAAAAACCCAGACAUUAUACCACAUGAUAAUGAGUAUUUAGACGAAGAAGAAAAAGCAUUUGAAAGACUUAAUAGUAAUAGACUGUAUUCAUCACGAAUUAUUGAUCAAGAUCCAUGUGAACAACAGAUAUGUGGAACAACAACUCCACAACCACCGCAGCAACAGGCCCAACAACAAUUCCAAUAUGGAUCGGAUGUGAACGGUGCUGCUAUGCUUUCACCUCAACUUUCCCAAACGCCUAUCUCAGGUGCUGUUUAUCCGAACCUUAUUUGUCCAGUACCACCACAGCAACAGCCCGUCUCUAUACUACGGCACUCCAGUGACCAUCAUAACUUGGUCCAAUACGUUUCGAUUGAACAACCACCACGGUUAAUGCUCAACCACCAUCAGCUGCACCAGCAUUACCAACAACAGCAGCAUCCGUAUCACACUGCUCAGAUGCGAGGCCCGGGGUCGAACAACAUAGGCACCAUUGGUAGACACAACCAGUUCCAGGAUCAUUCCGUGGAAAUCCCAUUGUUACUAACACCACCGCCAGCGCAACACAUGCAACGGGAAAGCACGACUGAUUCGGCGAUGGACCAGAGAAGUAUUGUGAGUGGGAAAAAUUUUGGAAGAACAGUACCUCCAUCCCAAAUAGUUGCGGCCACUCGAUUCUGACAGUCAGAAUUUGAAUCAAUCCCUGAAGAUGAUUUGGUCAUGCUAUAAACAGGCUUAAAAAGAAUUAUUAUUUACUUUACGAUUACUUUAACUUUUUUACUAUCAAAAUUUUAUCCAUAGUAUACUAGGGAAUUUUAAGUACUUAUGGCGGACUUAAGUAAUUAUAAGAAAUAAAAAAGUCUAUUUGCAUAAUUUAAAGAUAUUUGAUGUGGUUUAUUUUACAGAACACUUUUAUUUAUUUAAUAUAAAUCACUGAAUUUUAACGAAAACAUCAUUAAGAACGUUGUUAUUUUUUUAAUCAGUUAAAAUGAUUGUUAGGAAAAUUUCUCAUGAAUUGAGUAUGUAAAUAAAAAUGUCACUAUCUGUAUAAAUUUUUUUAGCGUCGAACUUUAAAGAUAACACAUUUAAAAGUAAGGUCAAUGUUUAGUUUAUUAUUCUAUCAAAAGCUUUAAGUAUCAUAUUAACACAAUAGUCAGUUGUAAUAGAAUUAUAACUACGUAAUCAAUUUUACACAAAAAAUAAUUAGUACAUUCAAGAGUGAUAUAAAUUGACGUUUGUUAAUAUGUAUUAUAACUUUAUACACUCUAUUGAAGUUAAAUUUAUUUCUCCAUCGUUCGUCGCUCAAAUAUCAAUUUGAUAAUCAUAACUUUUAUUAUAAAAUAGUUAUAAUUUUAUGAAACUUAAGUUUAAUGUAUAUAAUGUUUUUUAUUUAAAGAUUUGUUCGAAUAAUAUAACUAUAAAUAUAUAUUAAGUAUGUUAAUGUACCGUAAGGUGGUUAAUGAUUUGCAAUGAUUUAUAACAUUUAACAAUGUAUUUUUUAUAAUAUAACAGCGAAAGCAUAAUGUGAUGACUAUUACAAUACUUUACUACGGUUAUAAUUAUUUGUCUUUGACUAAAAAUGAUACCUGUUAUGUUUGACGUGUGUCCAAAUAGAUUUUAUGUUUUUUUUUUCAUUAACAGUAUAUUAUAUAAAAUCUAUUAUCUUGUUACCAUUGUAUUUUAAUAAAACAUGACAUUAGCUCAACAAAAAAACAAACAAUAAUCCUUAAAAAAGCCAAAUUUAAGAAAAUAACAACUAUUAUAUAAUUAAAUUAUAUAAUAACAACUAAGAAUAAUGAAAUUAUUUGCAUAAAUAUUUUAUAUUAUUUAUUUCACCUAAAAUUCAACUUUCGUGAGCUAAUAUUAUUAGAAAAAGUUACCUUGUAUAGAAUUUAUUCAUAGUUAUAACAAAGCUUUUUAGUUUAAAAGUUAAGUAAAGCUUAUAAAACAUUUGGAAAAUUAAUCAAAAGAAUUCUUGUCAUGAAGAGAAAUAAAACUUUCUAAUCAAAGAUGAUAUGUAUUAAGACUUGCAUUUUAUUUAUUUUCUUCAUUAGUUAAUUAGGAAGCAUGAAUUGAAAAAAUAUGGCUAAAAUUGUAUAAUAAUUAUGUUGUAAAUAAUUUUUCCACCAAAUAGUUUUAGACGAUUUAAUUAAAAUUGUUAAAAAUAAUAAGAGGUUAUAUUUAAAAAUAGUUAUUUAAUGCUUGGCGCCAAAUUUAAUAUUAUUCUAGAAUAUGUACUAUUUUUUUGCCGAAUAUAACGUAGAUAAUAAUUUUUAAACUACCUUCUUCCUGUGUACUUAUUGUAAAUUGUUGGAUAUUUUGCGCAAAAAAAUGUAUUAAGCCAAUAAGUUAAAAUUUUUCUAUUAUCCAUGAGCAAUUUUAUCAUUAUAAGAUACAUUAAACCUACAACUCGUAUUUACUUUUUAUUUCAUAAUUUUAAAUAUGUGUCAUUGAUAACAUCUUAUUAUAGUCAUUAAUAAUUGAAUAAAAAUACUUGUUUCUAUUUAUGAUUUAUAUAGUGAACUAUUUGUUUAUUUUCUGACUCAUUUGUUUAUCAUAAUAAAAACCAUCAAUUAUGUGUCUGUAUAAAAAAUAGA